UACGUAGAUGCGCAGAUAAACAAUUUUGAAACUAAAUAUUUUGCAUCAUAAUAAAACCAAUUAAUUAAACUUUUAUGUUCUAAUUACUUUAACGAAAAAUAUUUCUACCACGUCUAAUGGACUCGUUUAAUUUAAAAUAGCACAACUCCAAUUCUAAACGAAUUGUUUAAUGCGUACCUAAUUGGCAUUCUAAUUUUAGGCUUAAUUAAAAAAGAUGCCCAGGAAUUUGAUCAGACGCGGUUCACUGUGGAUGAAUUCCAAACUGCAGUAUCGCAAUUUAGUACCGGCUGCAUUUCAUAUCGUCGCAAUUACUUUAAUUAGCAUGUCUCUCGUGCAGGUCCCUUGGUUUGUCAUUAAAGGAGGAGUGUGUUCACCGUACCUUGCGAUUGGACAGUUUUUCUCUUUUGGUUAUUCAAACAAUGAUACACAUAACCUCGCAUACUGCAUUAACGGAACCAUUGUGAAUCUAAUGCGGACAAUCAUUUUACUGCUAUUUAUGGCUAUCAUAUUUUCUUUAGCAGGAUUUUUCAUUGACAUUCUAGGACCAAAAAAUAGUAUAUACACGUUUGUUCGUAGAUAUGCAUUAGCUAGUACAUUUACAGUAUUUUGGAUAACUGCUAUUAUAUGUAUAUGUUAUUAUGUGACCAUACUAUUAGAAGAAUCUUUAGAAAAUACUUAUCCAGAGAUAGAUACAAGUGUGGCAUAUGGAUAUGGUGUUUAUUUAAUUGCUUCAACAGGUGGAAUAGUUCUAAUAGGAACGUUUUGUACAGUAAUUCUAAUGCAAGCGACAGAUUCGAAUCGCAAUGAUGAAAGGUGCCUUAUCAACAGGUACAGUGAUAACAUGGAAACAUUUGACAGCCCAACACCUCCACCGCCUUACAGUAUACCACCGCCACCAUAUACACCAUAGUGUCGAAUAUCUAUUAGACCAAAUUAUGUAAAUUUUAGUGAUAAUGAAAUUCAUAUCCAAAGAAAUUAUUUUUAAGUGAUCAAAGAUAUAUUUAUUAUACUUAAAUAAUUUUUAACUAGGUGGCGCUAUGCAAACAAGCCAAAUGAUGCAAGUAUUAGAUUAGCAUUAUAUUAAUUACCUUACAAAGGCAUUUACGUGUGUUACAUUAUUUUUUUGGCAGCUUCUUGCAACAAACAAUUAAAAUUUCUUGAGGUAUGCGCUUACGAAUUUAGGUAAGUAUACGAAAUUGUGAACGUUAAAGGUUAGGUUUUGUAGUCUUUGGCAUUACUGCAAUAAUAGUGACUUUAUAUUAAAAUUGGUUCAUGAUGGAAUAGAAUGACGUCAAAAACCCAAGUUGUUGCAGACGAGAUUUAUUCAAUUGUAGGUGAAGUCAAUGCCAUAGAUGCCUAGUUCGGUACUUACAGUUAAAAUGUGAUUUAGUUCGUACUAAAAUUAGUUUUAAAAUGUUGUGUUAUAUUUUUGCUUAUAUAUGUAUAAGUUGUACAUACCUAAACAGAAUAAUUAAAACUAUUUUAUGA